GCCAUUUCAGUUGCUUGUUGGAGUAGAUAUGCGGCUCAAAGAAGAUGUUCAAAUUAGGGAGUUAAUUGAAGCAGAGUGGAUGACGCAAUUUGAAGAAAACCGAUGUGCGUUACGUGAGGAGGCAGUAAAGGCGAUAACCGAAGCCCAAGAAAGAAACAGAAGAAACUAUAACAAAGGAAGAAAGGAUGCCAAGCAGUAUGAGAGUGGCGAUUUAGUGGCCAUAAAAAGGACGCAGUUUGGAGCGGGUCUAAAACUGAAAGGUAAAUUUUUGGGUCCGUAUCGCGUAGUGCGGGCGUUGCGGAAUGACCGCUACACGGUUCAAAAGGUUGGGGAGCAUGAGGGCCCAAAUCAAACGUCAACGACUGCCGAUUUUAUGAAGCUUUGGACUGCCAACGACGAGGAUGAAGAUUCAAACAGCAGCGAGGUAGAAGAAGACAUCUGAGGGCAGAUGUCCUUGCAGGAUGGCCGAGUGUAAUAUCAAAAAUAAAAAGAAUAUACGCCAAAAGCGUAGGCCAUCAGGUAGUAUUUAAGUCUAGCUGUAAGAUACGAUAUCUGGAGUGUAUGAGUGCAAGAGAGAAAGAAUGAGAACGAGAGUAUGUACUAAGGUACGUAGGUAUGAUU